AUGGCACAAUUCAUUCCCAAUAUCACCCCAGAGUCUCUGGCGAAAAAGGUCAUCCUAAUCACUGGCGGAGCAAAUGGCAUUGGAGCUAGCCUUGUCGAACUCUGCUGCGAGAACGGUGCAUACGUCUGCUUUGGCGAUACCGCGGCAGAUGCAGGUGACCAACUUGCACGGGAGCUCUCUGUAUCGUCUUCGUCCAGACCAAGAGCAAUCUUCCACCAAACUGAUGUUACGGACUACAAGUCCAUUCUGGCCCUCUUUGACGCCGCUCUGGAGACAUAUGGUCACAUCGACCAUGUCGUCGCCGCGGCGGGAAUCCAAGAGAUCGGAAAUUGGUUCGAUCCCGCCUUGACACUAGAGGAUGUUCGAGAGCCCGCGACUACAAAGGUGCUGGAUGUCAACCUCUACGGUUGCCUCUACGUCUCGCGCAUCGCGAGCGUCUACCUCCGCCAAAACCGCCCACCCAACACAGACCGCUCCAUCACCCUAAUCUCCUCAAUCGCCGGCUUCAAAGAAUCACCCGGUCUUUUCGUCUACCAAGCAUCCAAACACGGCGUCCUAGGGAUUCUGCGCUCUCUCCGCCAAUACCUUCCCUUCACGCCGCACCAACUCCGCAUAAACGCCGUUUGUCCCUGGAUGACCACCACAGGAAUGGUGAAGGGGAUUGAGCAUGAUUGGUUGAAAGCUGGUCUCCCGAAAAACUUGCCAUUGGAUGUUGCGAAGAUUACGGCGGGGCUGGUGGUGGAUGAGAAGUUGAAUGGAACGUCCAUGUAUGUUGAGGGUGGACGGGGAUGGGAGAUUGAGGCGAAUUUGGAUCGGUUGGAGCCGCAGUGGCUGGGAGAGCAGCCGUCGAGGUCUUUAGCGAAGGGGCAAGCUGUGUUGGGGAGUGGGAGUAAUUGGACUAAUUAUUGA